ACCAGCACCCGCUCCUCCUCCUGCAAAUCCUCCUCCACCAUCGUUGCCGGGUUCCACCGUUUCUCUCACUCUUAAUAUCAUCUCAAACACAACGAAUACUGCAAAAGUACUGAGAAAUCAAUCACAACCUCAGAUCUCUGAGUUCUAAUCUCCGACGGCGCCUUAUUUACGUUCAAACUCGGCAGAUAUUCUCCGGUUGAAGCUGCAUUUCUCUCUGUGAAGGAGACUUAAGCAAUGGACCGUCGUUGGCCUUGGAAGAAGAAGUCAUCUGACAAGGCUGAAAGGGCAGCAGCAGCAGCUGCCGCUGCAGCAGACUCUUUGGCUGCUACUUUGGCUUCUGCUGAAUCUCAAGGCAAUCAGGAUAAUUACAAAAAACCAAACUAUGUUCAAAUAUCUGUGGAAUCAUAUUCACAUCUCAAUAGUUUGGAGGAUCAAGUUCAGACAUUGGAAGAUCAGAUUAAGGAUUUGAAUGAGAAGCUGUCAACAGCUCAUUCAGAGAUUACUACUAAGGAUAACCUGGUGAAACAGCAUACAAAAGUUGCAGAAGAAGCAGUUUCAGGUUGGGAGAAGGCUGAAGCAGAAGCGUCGGCAUUAAAAAAUCAUCUUGAAUCUGUUACACUUUUGAAGCUCACUGCUGAAGAUAAAGCAUCACAUUUAGAUGGUGCUCUUAAAGAAUGCAUGCGGCAGAUACGGAAUCUCAAGGAAGAUCAUGAACAGAAGUUGCAAGAUGUUGUCCUUACCAAAAACAAGCAAUGCGAAAAGAUUAAGCUUGAGCUUGAAGCCAGGAUAGCUGGCUUAGACCAAGAACUCCUUAGGGCUGAAGCUGAAAAUGCUGCACUUUCAAGGUCAAUGCAAGAGCGCUCUAACAUGCUCAUCAAGAUAAGUGAAGAAAAAUCACAAGCAGAGGCUGAGAUUGAGCUUCUGAAGAGUAAUAUUGAAUCAUGUGAAAGAGAAAUCAAUUCACUUAAGUAUGAACUGCAUGUGGCUUUGAAAGAGCUAGAAAUUCGUAAUGAAGAGAAAAACAUGAGUGUGAGAUCUGCAGAAGUAGCCAACAAGCAGCAUGUGGAGGGCGUUAAAAAAAUAGCAAAGUUGGAAGCUGAAUGCCAAAGAUUGAGAGGCCUUGUACGGAAGAAGUUGCCAGGUCCUGCUGCACUUGCCCAAAUGAAGCUAGAAGUUGAGAGUUUAGGACGGGAUUAUGGAGAUACUCGAUUAAGAAAGUCUCCAGUUAAGCCUUCUAGUCCACAUGUGCCCCAAGUGACUGACUUUUCUGUUGACCAUGGACAGAAAUUCCAGAAAGAGAAUGAGUUCCUCACAGAACGUUUAUUAGCAAUGGAAGAAGAGACAAAGAUGUUGAAAGAAGCUCUGGCAAAGCGUAAUGGUGAACUUCAAGCUUCUAGAAAUCUGUGUGCUAAGACUGUUAGUAAGCUUCAAAGUUUAGAAGCACAACUACAGAUCAUCAAUCAUCAGAAGAGUUCCCUGAAAGGCAUUGCUCAGAUUCCUACCGAAGGCUUCUCAAUACAAAAUGCUAGCAAUCCACCUAGCAUCACUUCUGUUUCUGAAGAUGGAAAUGAUGAUGAUGCAAGCUGUGCGGAAUCAUGGACAACUGCAUUAAUAUCUGAACUCUCCCAAAUCAAGAAGGAAAAGAACAUUGUGAAAGUGAACAAAACUGGAAAUGCAAAGCACCUGCACCUUAUGGAUGACUUUCUGGAGAUGGAGAAGCUGGCUUGUUUGUCAAAUGAUUCAAAUACAAAUGGUGUAACCGCCAUUUCAGAGAGUGCUGAUAAUAAGACAUCUGAUAUUGCUAGGACUAGGAGUGAUGCAUCAGGAGAGAUUGCUUCAACCAAAGAUCUCCAGUCUGACAAGCAGAACUUCAUGCAUUCUUCGGUGGAUCAUUUAUCUUCUAACAUGGAUUUGGCAGUAGUGAAUCCUGAAUCUGAUGCAUGUGAGCCUCCUGUUAUGAAGCUUCGAGCAAAGAUCUCCAUGGUGCUUGAAUCGAUGUCCAAGGAUGCCAACUUGCAGAGUACUUUGGAGGAUAUUAAACGAGUGCUGCAGGAUGCACAGGAUAAUCUGAAUCAACACUCUGUAAAUUGUGUCUCUGAUGAACUACAGUGUUCUAAUCUGACAUGCAAUGGGCAGGCUUAUCCCAAAGACAGUGGCUUAACUGCAGAGAAAGAAAUUUCUUUGUCACAAGAUGGCAAGGUGGAUCCAGAAACUGUGCAGAUUAUAAGUCAAGAAUUGGUAGCUGCCAUUUCUCAGAUUUAUGAUUUUGUUUUGUCCCUGGGAAAAGAAGCAAGGAUAGUUGAUGACAUCUGUUCCAGUGGCAAUGAUUUAAGCCAAAAAAUUGAGGAGUUCUCUGUCACCUUUAAUAAGGUCUUAUGCAAGGAAGGAGUUUUGGCUGAUUUUAUUUUUGAUCUUUCUUGUGUUCUAGCUAAUGCUAGUGAACUAAAAUUCAAUGUGUUGGGCUAUAAAGGUAACGAAGUAGAAAUUAGCAGUCCUGAUUGCAUAGAUAAGGUUGCUUUGCCUGAGAAUAAGGUGGUCCAACGGGAUUUGUCAGGAGAAAGAUAUCAAAAUGGUUGCAUCCACAUUUCUAAUCCUGAGGUUCCUGAUGAUGGGAAUUUAGUCCCAGUCUAUGAAGCAAAGCCUGCUUCCUGCAAAAUAUCCUUGGAGGAGUUUGAAGAAUUGAAAUCAGAGAGAGAUGGCAUCGCAGUCGAUCUUGCUCGAUGUACUGAAAAUCUGGAGAUGACUAAGUCACAAUUACAUGAAACUGAACAGCUUCUAGCAGAAACUAAAUCGCAGUUGGCUUCAGCUCAGAGGACAAACAGUUUGGCUGAUACACAGCUCAAGUGCAUGGCAGAGUCUUAUAAGUCACUUGAAACUCGUGCAGCUGAGUUAGGAAGUGAGGUGAGCCUUCUCCGAGUAAAGAUAGAAAAUCUAGAAAAGGAGCUUCAAGAUGAAAAGCAAGGUCAUCAUGAUGCUUUAGCUAGAUGUAAGGAACUUGAGGAGCAACUCCAAAGGAAUGGAAGCUGUUCCGUCUGUUCUGCAGCUGAUGGUGACUUGAAGAGCAAGCAGGAGAGAGAAUUAGCGGCUGCAGCAGAGAAGCUGGCUGAGUGUCAAGAAACCAUAUUUCUUCUCGGCAAGCAAUUGAAAUCCCUGCAUCCGCAAACAGAAACCAUGGGAUCUCCAUACAAUGAAAGGAGUCAAAGGGAUGAAGGACAAGCUGAAGAUGAACAGACUACAAGCAGCAACUUCCAAGACUCGGAUCUGGUGGAGAUGGACACUGCUGCUAGCAUCCCAAGAACAGGUGGAGACUCACCAGUGACUCUGGACACCUCACCAUGCAGCCCACCUGAUACCGAAGGCAACCUUGGGAUAUCACCGGUGAACUCAAAGCUUCCAAAACACAGGCCUACCAAGUCAAGCUCAUCAUCUACCUCUUCCACCCCAACACCAGAGAAAAACCAGCGAGGAUUCAGCAGAUUCUUCUCAUCAAAAGCGAAAAACGGCCACUAAGUCAAAGCCAACACAGCUCGUGAGUAAUAACUGCAAAAGUUUUAGAAGGCCAGUUAAUAAAAUUAUAAACAUCAACAGUUGGAGCUCUCUUAUCAUCAUUACUGGAUGUUUAGAAUCACAUUUUGGAGGUUUCUGAUCUCAAGUAAAGUAUUUGCUGAGUUUGACAUUGUGAAGUUAUGCAUGGGACAUUGCGUUAACUUUUGUAACUACUGACUGUAUAUGAUAUCCAUAUCCAGUUAAUUUGUUUUCUUGUAUUCUACCUCUUAUUCCUGUUGUAU